AUGAGUUUUUGCGAGCAUUGCGUCAAGGGCGUGGUACAUGAAGGUGAACCGGUGGGCGUAAUGGAGACGGUGGCUGGGGUGCCGGUGUACGUUGCCCGACCGAAGAGUGGAGGUGAGGAUUUAUUGGUGCUGAUAGCGAGUGACGUGUUUGGACUGGGUUUAGUGAACACCAAGCUGUUGGCAGAUAGUUAUGCCGGGAAUGGGUUUCUUACCUGGGUCCCUGACUUGUUCGAAGGGGAUGCGGUGCGUGUGACUGAUAUGAACCAACCUGGGUUUUCAUUUGAAGCAUGGAAGACUGCUCAUGAGCCCGGACCCGUGCUGGAGAAGUUCGUGAAGCCGGUCAUCGCGGCCUACAAAGCGGCCCACCCGGAAGGCGUUGUUGCCUGUUUGGGCUUCUGUUAUGGUGGCAGACUUGCAGUGGAUCUAGCCCUAGAACGAAGCACCGUGGCUACCAGCAUUGCCCACCCCAGCCUGCUGCAGCUCCCGGAGGACAUGUAUAAGCUAGCCUCCGUCUACUCAGACAGAGCAGUCCAGAUACACUCCUGCGAACAUGAUCCCAUGUUCCCCCCGUCGGCCUUCGACGAAUGUGACGCCGCCUUCCAGCCGCUCGGAACCAGGUAUCAGAGGACCUACUCACCUGGGUGCUCCCACGGCUUCGCCGUUCGGGGCGACCUCUCAAUCCCGCACGUCAAAGCAGCCAAGGAAACCGUCUUCAACUCCACGGUCCAAUUCCUCAAGACGCACACCAAAUAA